AUGGGUGACGAUCGAGCAUACUGUAACAAAGGUGUUUGCGAGAUUGAUACUGUUGAUGGACGUAAGUGUGGAUUUAUACUUGAAUUUUAAAAUCUUGUUUGACAUUUGCGGUUAAAAAUAGGAGUUAUGAUGACUUUUUCGUUAGUAGAUACUGUAGUUUACACUAUAAGUUGCUAAAAUUUUUUAUAUUAUAGACAAUACUACUAGAAAUGUUUCUGUUAAGAUAGAUUUUUGAAAAGCUGACAAAAACUUUAUUUACAGCUUUUGUUUUGUUAUUGAUAACUUGCUGGAUUCGCGCCUUGCUGACUUUUUUGAUCUGUAACUAUUGUAGUUCUUACUGUAAUUUUUUGAAAGUUUAUGACAAUAUAGCUAAAACAAUGGCAAACUGGUUUUUUAAAAUGACCUUUUGUAAAAAGCGCAAGAACUUUCUUUACAGCCUUUUUUGAGGUUUUAUGCACUCAAGCGGAUUCGAGCCCGACAUUUAUUGCUUUGUAAGUACGGUAGUUUCUACUGUAACUCCUUCAAAUGUUGUCGAAAUAUGGCCAUUUCAAUGAGAAUCCUUACAAUAUAAAAAUUUGCAACAAGUUUCUUUACAGACUGUGUAAACGCCACCUCAACGGGCAACCAUCACCAUUUCUUUUGCACAAACCGGAACUAUCAGAAGAACGGUUGUGUUAAGCACACAAUGAACAAUGACACAGUAUGUGUAUGCCAAAAUGACUUUUGUAACACUGUGAACGGCGAGCUGGAUUCGUAUACGUUGAAGGACGUGCCAGUCGGCUCAAAAUUGUGGUUUAUGGUACUGUUCCGCGACUAUUGGGUCCACAUUGCCUUGUGGGUUUCUGGCGUUGUGAGCUUGUCCUUGGUCAACUCUUGGACUUACUGGCGUUUCAACGAUGGAGAGGGGUUUCUGAAUCCGCUGGUUGCUUUGAAAUGA